ACUCCUGAGAGGGUUGUGUUUUGGGUGGUGAUGAGUCCCUGACCACCUCACCGCCUUCACAUGACCACGCCCCAGCUUUGAUGCAUCGACUCUCCUGCACUCCCACCAGCCACCUCGCAGUCUGCGCAGGCCAUCAGCUCGACAGCACACCCCAGCGCAACAGAUUGAAUAUAUAGGCGAAAACCAUAGACAUUGCCUGCUCUUUUCAUAACUGUAUGACACAAUUCUUUUGCAUCACACAUCUCCAACUCAUCAGCGUGUAUAGUGCAAAGAGCCACACUGAGCAUGAACCUCAGUCUUCCUGAUCAGAGUAUGCACAGAUCAAGUGAAAGCUGCCUAGAGGAUGAUAAACCUGAUGUGAUGUUGCCCUGCUUCCGCAGAAACAUGUAUGACGAGCCUCUGGCCUCCUAUUCAAACGGAUCCAUCAUCUCUCAACUCCUCCGCAAGACAAUCCAUAACAAAAGGGCACUGGAUGAAAGCCAUUUCUACCUGUCCAGCUCCACUGCUGCUGACUCCGGCCAGGAGGACCAGAGCAGUGUCUCCUCAAAGGACAGCACAGUGGAGGCUGCAUCGCCUACGCCCAGUGGUCGUGUCUCCACAGGAGCAAGCCCAGAAGAUCAUCCAAUGAUUGAUCACCUGCAGGCCAAAAGAGCCAGAGUGGAGAAUAUUAUCAGAGUCAUGGCUGGUUCUCCUAACAGCAGGCAACAUGGAGACACUGAGAGGUCUGAAAUAGAUGCUAGAGACACCCGGGAGGCCAGAGAAUCAUACAGGGAGAACAAACGUAAGCAGAGGCUGCCUCAACACCAGGAUCACAGUGCUGCUGGACAGGUAAGCAGAAAACCUGGCAGCAGCAAUGGAGAUAACUGCAACACCAAGGAAGAGGAGUGUCACAAGUUGAAGGAGCAGCUUCACAGCAUGCAAAGACUCCUACACCAGCUCCAGGAAAAGUUUCUUCAAGUUUACAACCAGGAAGAUCCUGAGUAUGAAAAAAGAGAUGCAACAGAAGUUGAUUCUGAGCAUGACAUCCUGGGUGAAAGCACAAAGUCAUGCUACAUAAGCAGUGAAGAGGAUUUUGAGAGGAAGAACAGCAGGUUGACUGUAGAUUGUAAAGACCGAAUGAAAGUAGUUGGUUACCUGCUACACCAAAGAGAAAGUCAGAACCUACAGGAAACCCUGAAGCAGGAGCUCUCCAGGGCUGUUGAUGACUGUGUGGACAGGGUGUUUAAGAAGGUCUCCUCCACAGACCUGGAUUUGUCCCCACAGCAGCGUUUGUGUUCCUCGCCAGAGAUGCAGAUCAAUGCAAGUGCAGACAGGAAGAGCCAGCAGGUUAGCUCCGGCCUUGACCAGGCCCAAGCUGAGGAGGCCACAGUGAAAUCCCGGUCAGUGGAGUACUAUGAAAGCUCUGAGCCUCAAAGCCCACAGGACCAGACAGAGGCCCUGUCACUGGUGGUCCGCAAACCGACCGUGACCCCUGUAAGCUCAGUCACCCCAACAGUGAAGAGGCCUUACCCCAUGCACCAGACACCCUUUCAGUUCAAUUACAGCACCCCUCUGCAUGAGAACCACAUCUUGGAGCAUCUUCUCAAGUAUGGGCCGCAUUCCAACUUUGGGGCUCUUCCUUGCAUGCCCCCGUCAAUGGACAGGACCUCUCCAGAUACCGUGGACCUGCCUUGGGACACAAUGGCUAUGAGGUCCAAGGUGACAUCCAGCCAUCUUGGCCACCAUCCUCGUCCUUCCUCCCUGGGGGCAGUGGGAGUCGAAAAUCUGUGUCUCCCUCAUGUCAAGAUUGAGUGUGGCGAACUCCAGAGCUUGGCUGAACGGAACCCCUACAUGUCCCUCAACAUCCAGGAAGGUCUUACUCCGAGUCAUCUGAAGAAAGCAAAGCUCAUGUUCUUCUACACUCGCUACCCCAGCUCCAAUGUCCUGAAAACCUACUUCCCUGAUGUAAAGUUUAAUCGCUGUAUCACGUCUCAGCUGAUCAAGUGGUUCAGUAACUUCAGGGAGUUCUACUACAUCCAGAUGGAGAAGUUUGCCCGCCAGGCCAUUGUUGAUGGCAUCAGCGACGUCAAAGACAUUACAGUUAGCAGGGACUCAGAGCUCUUCCGGGCACUAAACAUGCACUACAAUAAAGCCAAUGACUUUCAUGUGCCUGACAGGUUCCUAGAGGUUGCUGAAAUCACCUUACACGAGUUUUACAAUGCCAUUUCUGCUGCCAAAGAUUCUGAUCCCUCUUGGAAAAAGGCCAUUUACAAGGUGAUCUGUAAGCUGGACAGCGACGUUCCAGAGGAAUUCAAAACAUCUUCCUACUUAUAGGUUGACGUGAGUGAAGAAAUGUCCAGGUGAAUAAGUUAGAGAAUUUGAACUAAAUCAUUUGAAAGUAUUCCAUUAUGUCUUGUAGUGCAUUGUAGUGAGGUGAAAUAUAGAUUACAUUUGUAUAAAAAGAAACAUCCCGCCCCUCCCAACACACACACACACACACACACACACACACACACACACACACACACACACACACACACACACACACACAGGUACAUACACAAACACCAUUUUAGAGGUUACAAAUAAUCUCAAAUAUUGUGCUCUGCUUUUUCAAAAAAGAAAAAAAAAACUAAUAAAAAUAAAAAAUAAAUAGUGAAUCUGUUGUGGAUUUUGUUUACACUUUGACUUAAUUGUAUUUAGACAGUUAGACAGUUAUAUAGUUGUGUAAAAAUGUUCACAAAGAUCAUUCAUAGUGUAGUUUUCCAUCAGACAAAAUCAGUUGUGUUUUGUUUUUAGUUCUAUUUCAUAGCUCUAAGUGUUGCAUAAAUGUACAUGCACUGCUGUUUUGUGUUGCAUAAUGUAUUAUAGUUCUGCUGUAUACUAUAAGCUUAAAGGAAUGCACGUAUCAUUGUUUUUCUUAUUGUGUGUGAAGGUGCGGCUCUUGUAAAGAACAAUCAUUUUCAGAUAUUUUACUCACAAACAUUG